GAGCAUGCUCGGCUCCUCCACAUCCGCCCCGCUAAGCGGCCGACAGGCGCGGGCAGAGGUUCCUUGCCGGUAAUAGGUGCCGUGCGGGCGGCGGAGCCGGCCUGCGGGACUCGCUGCCGCCAUGAACCCCGGCGGCGGCGGCGGGGAGGCGGCGCCCGCCUUUCCCGGCUCCGUGCAGUUUCCCGGCGGCACCACCGUGCUGGUGGAGCUCACCCCCGACAUCCACAUCUGCGGCAUCUGCAAGCAGCAGUUCAACAACCUCGACGCCUUCGUUGGGCACAAGCAGAGCGGCUGCCAGCUCAGCAGUGCGGCCGCCGGGGCUGCCAGCACCGUCCAGUUUGUGUCGGAGGAGACGGUGCCGUCCACACAGGCGCAAAGCGCAGCCAGGACCAUCGCUUCAGAGACCCAAACCAUCACAGUUUCUGCACCAGAGUUUGUUUUUGAGCAUGGCUAUCAAACAUACCUGCCCAGUGAGAGCACUGAGCCUCCAGCUGCUGCUAUCGUCUCUACUCCACCAAAACCACGCUCGAAAAAAUCCACUUCCUCACUUACACAGAAGAAACUAAACUGCUGCUAUCCGGGUUGCCAGUUCAAAACUUGCUAUGGUAUGAAGGAUAUGGAACGUCAUCUACGAACACACACAGGAGACAAGCCCCAUAAAUGUGAAGUUUGUAACAAGUGUUUUAGUCGUAAGGACAAGCUGAAGAUGCACAUGCGUUCCCACACCGGGGUGAAGCCUUACAAGUGCAAGCACUGUGACUACGCCGCUGCCGACAGCAGCAGCCUCAACAAGCACCAGCGCAUUCACUCCAACGAGCGUCCUUUUAAAUGCCAGAUCUGUCCUUACGCAAGCCGCAACUCUAGCCAGCUAACCGUACAUCUCAGAUCUCACACAGGAGAUGCUCCUUUCCAAUGUCAGACAUGUCCUGCUAAAUUUAAAAUCAACUCGGACUUGAAGAGGCACAUGCGUGUGCAUUCUGGUGAGAAACCUUACAAGUGUGAGUUCUGUGAGGUCCGGUGUGCCAUGAAAGGAAACUUGAAAUCGCACAUUCGUAUCAAGCACAGCAUGGAAAAUACUCUCAAGUGUCCAGAGUGUGAAUUUCAGUGUGGAAACAAAACAAGCCUUCGGCACCACAUACGAACUCAUCAGCCCGAACAACCAGUGAAGUGCUCAGAGUGCAACUACUCCUGCUCCAACAAGGCGGCUCUGAAAGUGCACGAGCGAAUUCACUGCAAAGAUCGUCCUUUUAAGUGUGAAUUCUGCAGCUUCGAUACCAAGCAGCGGAGCAACCUGACAACCCACGUGAGGAAAGCUCAUGGUGACAAAGUCAAGACCAAGAAGCAAACAGCGGAGAAGGAAGGAGAUAGGCCCAAGCAAGGUGGCUCCAGGCAAGUUGCCAAACUGGAUGCCAAGAAAGCAUUUAAGUGUGACCUGUGUGAUGCCUCCUUUGUCCGAGAAGAUUCUCUUAGGAGCCAUAAGAAGCAGCACAGUAUGUAUAAUGGCUCUAAAAAUAACGAACUGGCUGUUCUGCAGCUCCAGAUGGAUCCCAGUCGGCAGGCCAGCGCUCCAAUUACUGUCAGUCACCUCCAGGUCCCACUGCAGGCUGCUCAGGUUUCCCCAUACAACGAGGGAAGGGUCAAGAUCAUCGUGGGUCACCAGGUCCCCCAGACUAACAGCAUCGUUCAGGCUGCCUCAGUCAAUGUCAUGCCUCCUACACUCGUCACCCAGAAUCAGGAAGAUCUCUCAGCCAACAGCCGCUUGCAGCUGCUGGGCCAGGUCAGUUUGUUGGCACCACCUCCAGCUCCCCUGGCCCAGAGUGAAGCGGGGCCUGUGGCACAGCCAGCGGUUCUUCUCACAACCCACGACCAGAGCGAUGGAAGCGCUUUGCAUCCGACUCUGAUUCCUGCUGCUCCUGUCAGCAGCCAUGAGGCUUCGGCAAACCCAGCUUUCAUCACCAGCUCUGCAAUCAGCUGCUCUGAUUUAGAAGGCCUUAAUGCUUUGAUACAAGAAGGAGCAACAGAAGUGACUGUGGUUAGUGAUGGAGGUCAGAGUAUAACAGUGUCCACUUCAGCUCCCCCUCCUAUAUUUUCUUCAUCCUCUCACACAGAAGCCCCUAAGCAGACCUAUUCUAUCAUUCAAAGUGGAGCCCAUACGGCUUUGCUGUGUCCAGCAGACUCCAUACCAGAUUAGUCGCAAAGUACUGUUGCUAAAUAAAUUUCGGUCUCGGAGGCGAUGCUGAGUUCAGCAGAAAUGCACAGGACAUACGUGAAUGCAGGAUUUGUCCUACAAAGCCAAAUACCUUCCACUUACACAUUUUACUUGUCUAUACAUGGAAACAUGUAUCUUGUCUGUGAAAAAGAGGAUGUGUAUAUUUAUGUGCCUCUAUUUAAAUCAGAGGCUGUGUUCUUUGUAAAAUCAGACCAUUGAAGCAACUGUUGACAAUUUCACCAGGCAAUAAGCUUCCCAGAAUAUGAUUCUUGUAUUGUGCUGGCUAAAAUAAGGAAGACUCACACAAAAAGGUAAUAGUCCAGGCCAUUCUGAAGUAUAUUUUGAAGUGCAGUCUGUUUCAAUUAUGUGCUAUGUAUGCAUUAACUGCACCUGGUUGAUUGUUGAUCUGUAAGAAAUGUCUACCAUGGGUCUAACACAGACCUAGUAAAGUGUAAGGAGGUUGUUCCUUGAUAUCUGUAGAAAUUUCCGUCACCUGGCACUUAAUCUGCAAGUGCUUAUGCAGAAGACCAGAUGAUCAUUUUUAGAGAACAAAAGAAUUUUGUUGAUCAGGAAUAACUAACUUUGUUAGCAAGAACAUGAUUGCAAAUCAUAGAUACGGCACAGUGAUCUCUGUCAAAGACACCUGUGUUUUAAAAAAACAACUGCAAAUAUAUUUUUUACAAAUGCUA